AUGUCUCCAUACCGCCUGAUUUUUGGGAAAGCGUGUCAUCUACCAUUGGAGUUGGAGCAUCGAGCAUAUUGGUCUAUGAAACAGUUGAAUAUGGAUCUCAAAGCUGCUGCUUAUGAGAACUCAAAGUUGAUCAAGGAGCGCACCAAGAGAUGGCAUGAUUUAAACAUUCAGAGUCGAGAGUUUGAAGUUGGCCAGAAAGUGUUAUUGUACGAUUCUAGACUCAAACUCUUCCCAGGAAAGCUAAGAACAAGGUGGUUGGGUCCCUAUACCAUAACUAAGGUGAUGCAAUAUGGGGCUAUUGAAGUGAGUCACGGGACCAAAUGCACUUUCAUCGUCAAUGGGCAAAGACUGAAACAUUAUUGGGGCUGUAAUUUCCCUAAGCAGAAGUCCACUGUACAACUCAACAACCCAACGUGA